AUGUUAUGUGUUCACUGUACUGUCCUCUUCUCCUGUGGGAUUCAGGGUGCCAUUGGAAAAGUGAAGCCCAAGGUUGAAAGUGCCAUCCAAUUAGGAAAUGGUAAGAGAACACACACCCCAUGAUACACAUAAAGUGCACACAUUACUCAUACACUGUAAUGUAUACCCAUUUGUACAAAUAGAAUGUCAGUUUCAGUUUGGUAACAGAGUUACUUUCUGUUGUUUCAGAAACUUUCACAUUCCUACAAAACCCUCCUGCUGAAUUCUACCCCCGGGCUGGGGUCAUUGGAUUUGCUGGUAUCCUUGGACUCUUUCUUGCAAGAGGUAAAUAGUGGGUGUAAGUUUUGGGUUUGGAUGAAGUGUACCCUGUUUUUGAUCUCUAUUGUUUUGGGGUUUAUCCACUUGUUCUUGUGGUAAGCAAGCACUCUGUAAGUCUCUGUGCCAGAGGCUGGUCGAGUGGUAGAGCUGUAGUGUCCAGACCAUACAAGGCCGGGGUACAAAUCUCAAACCUACUGGUGCUUCCUGUUGCCCUCUCCGGCUUCCCUUUCUUGUUUCUAAUCUCCUUGAAUAGAAAUAGUUUAUGUGGUCCACUCUCUUCUGUCUUCUAGGCUCCAGGGUGAAAAAGCUGAUCUAUCCUACAGGACUGAUGGCUGUGGGCUACUCUAUGUACUACCCCCAGCAAGCCGCAUCAAUCGCCAAGGUGAGUGAGCGUGUCAAUAUGUCAUAUGUUGUGUUUUUUUUUAUUUACCUACGUGUGGGAGACAAUGCAUAUUGUUCCAUACCAAGACAUAAGACAGUGUUGUAGGGUCAUUCUUAAUCCUGUGAUGUUGGAUUCUUAAUGUAUACUAUUUUGCUUAAACCUAUUUUUCGGUCCCCCUCCUUCCCACAGAACACAGGAGACUCGUUGUACGAUUUCGCCCUGCAGGGCUACGUUAACGUAGAGAACGUUUUCAAGUCAGUGGAGGGGAAGGUGAGCUCAUCCUGUCAGGUCAAAAACUAG